AUGAGCAAAAAGUUCAAGUCGCAGGCCUCCAGCAGUCGUGCUGCUGCCAGCGCCUUUGGAUCUUUUGGUGGGUUCUCCAGUGCAUUUGGUAGUGAUGGCCGAGAGCCGUCUGCCCUCACAUACAUUGCGGAACCGCCGGAUCUCUCUCGCAUUUCGGACCAGCAUUUGGUGAUCGCAUUCAAAAACCUGUCGAAGAAAGAUGAUAUCACACGAACAAAGGCUCUGGAAGAACUCAAGGAGCAUAUUGCUUCCGUGGAAAAGAACAACGGGACUCUGGAUGAUGGCUUUUUAGAGGCAUGGGUGAAAAUAUAUCCUCGAGCUUCAAUUGACCUCUCUCGACGGGUCAGACAAUUGGCUCAUCUUAUUCAAGGCUCAAUUGCCAGUCUUGUUGGCAAACGAGUUGCGCCUUAUCUACCAAAGGUUGUGGGAGCGUGGAUCGCAGGACUCUACGACAAUGAUCGACCAGUCCACCGCUCCGCGUUGGAGUCUUUUACUAAAGUGUUCUCGACCGAAAACAAGAGAAGCAAUGUGUGGAAGGUGUUCCAAGGCUUUAUAUUAGAUUUCGUGGACGAUGUCCUUCUUCACCAGACGGUCUUGACAUUGAGUGAUGAACGGACUGUGAAAAGGGAUGAUGCCGAGGCAAAAUAUGCGCGUGUCGUGGGAGCUGCGCUUAUGCUCUUCAAUCGCAUCUUAGGCAAUUCCGCAGAUGAGGAAUUACAGAAAAACCUUCCCGAGAUAGAGAACCUCCUGGCUAGCAAAUCUCUUUGGGCUUUCUGCAGCCAUGAGGAUCCGUUUGUCCGCCGAUCUGCAUAUAUUCUGCUGCGAUCAGCUGUGUCCCGAGAGCCUGCUUGGAUAGACUGGAAGGCUGUUAGUUCUGCUGUCAUCGGAAAAUCACUUUCCAUUCCCCAACUGGGCUCAGCCUCUGAAUUGUCUGAAACCCUGCUGCUUUUGACCUCAUCAAGACCCUCCGUGUGGACAGACGAUUACUCCGGCAAGACUUCUGCAUCCAAGAGACUUCGACAAUACAUCCAAAAAGGCUCCCAAGGAGGCCAUGCAAAUUUCUGGUCAAACCUUGAUCAGUUGCUCCGAAUUUUGCCCCAAGAGGUGCUCGCCGGAGCUGACAAAUCAUCUACUGCUGAGAAAUUUACUUUUGGCAGUGCAGUGACCAUCACAGAAGCCCUCCAGGAAGGCCUCAACUCUAGGGAAGAGCCUCGUCAAAAUCUCACUGUUGGAUGGAAAUCUUACAUUGAGAUUGGGACCUGGCUUGUAUCUCUUGUGCCCCAGGAGCAGAGAGCAGAGUUUAUCCAGAACAGGCUUUCCCCAUUGGUUGUACAGUAUGUGCGCCCUGAGUCUAAUCAGGCCCAGUGGUCACUUCCUCUCCAAUCAGGCGAAGGUAUUAGUGCUGAUUGUCUUGCCCUUUUAUCCUCCCACGAGCACACCGAGGAGUUACAAUCCAUGUGGACAAAGCUUUCGGACGAGCUACUCGAAACUGUGAAGUUAUCAUCACCAGAACAAUCUAAGGACUUCCAGUUAUCUCAGGACGCGAUCUGCGUGCAAUCAAAGCGUCUCUUUGCUUUGGAACCUGCCCUUCUCUCGCGGGUUGCAGAAACCAAGAAUGAGGCACAGGUGCAGGCGAUCUUCCAGAAAUCAAACUUGUCCCUUCUGGAGGGUUGCUUGCAGGUCCUACGUUCGCGCAAUGGCAAACCCUAUGGCGCUGCUGGAGUUGUACAGGAAUGCGUUCGCAGCGUGCCCUCUGUUGCCCAAAGCUGCGAAGAGCUUGCUAAAUUCGUUGAAAAGGAUGCGCCGGAACUCCUGUUUUCGCCCUCAGCAGACCGCCUCAUUGCAAUUAUGCUGGCAUGCCGAGAGUGGGAUGGGUUCGCUGCCAGCUUUGAAAACGUCGUCGAGCGGGCUAUGGAGCUGGAGCCAGAGCAUUCGAAUACUGAGGUUCUCCAAAGUUUGCUCUCUGCGCUCAACUUCAAUGAGAUUGGGGAUAAAGCUAAACUUACUUCCGUCGUCAUGCGGGCUUUGAAUGAAGCUUGUAAGGGUAGUCAAUCUCACUGGCCGAUUAUCACUGCUGUUCUUCAAAACCAGACAUCUCGAGGUGAAUUGAUGGAUGGUAUCUUCCUGUCGAUCAUUGAUUCGCUGUCCCUGGAUGAAACAGUGUUCAAUGCCUUGGAUGGGCUUUCUCACCUUGGAAAGACGGUACCUUCGGCCGUGCGUGAAUUCCAAAGUGGAGCACACGGCUCUAAAUUGACUGGGAAACUGUUAUUCCUCACCGAGUCUCCCUCUGAGGAAGUGGCGCAGAUGGCCGAGUCUAUCAUGAAGACAUUCAAGGAGACUGUCGUUGGCGAUACCAGCAAUAAGUCGAAGAUUGAGAUCCUCCACCAUGGACUGACCCAUGCAAACGAGGAGUCAUUAUCAAUCGAGUCUCUGAUUGCCAUUGCGGAGGAGCUGCUGCAAGGCCUUGAGUCGCACGAGGCUGCGUACAGCUUGAAGGAUGUUUUGCCAUCUCACCAUGCAUGGGAGGAUGUGCUAGAACCCUUCCUUCAACUACCACCCCGGCCCUCGACAGCCAUCACAAGUCCGCUGGGUGGUGCAGUCAGUUUGGUCCAACGCGAUCUCUCCGAUUCCUUCAAGGCCCUGUUGCUUGCUAUCCCCCGAGACUCGGCACAUUGCUCAGCUGCAUUCCGUUUGGCAAGUUUCACGAUUAGAAUUAUGUCCUCCGAUGUUACCAAGAAACUGGACCAGGAGAGCCUUGAAACACUAUUCUACUUCGUCCCCCUAGCCGUUCAAUUAAUUGAUGAUGACCUCAGUAUUGAGAGCUCCAAUGGAAUUACAGGCCUAGAGCUAGCAGACCAACGUGAGGAAUACCUGGAGGUUGUCUUCAAAGGGCGUCAGUUGGUCAGCGAUUGGAUUCGCACAAAGGAGUCAGUGGCUUCUUCAGACUUGACUGUUUCUUCUCUUCUGGUUUCCUUUUGGGAAAGCAAACUAGAGGCACUUAGCAUGACCGCCUCCAUCGAUUAUAGGAUUGGAGAGGCAUUUGUCAAGAUCAUGGCAUCCGCAGAUUCACUGGACAAGUCCAAGUCUGUUGAUGACGUUGCCAAAAUUUGCAGAGAGGCACGUACUGCCAACAGCAUCCGCUCGGCGUCGUGGUUUGCUAUCCUGCGAAGCUCGAUACUAUCCAACCCCGUUGGAAACCGAAUCUGCAACGAGCUGAUUGCUGAUUCGACUGGGCUUAAGCCCCAAGAUCCUUCCCCGAGUGGAUUGCGAAAGCUUGCACUUCUCAACAUUUUGCUGUCUGGAGAAGAAGAUGUCAUCUCGACCAUUCCAGCGCAGCGAGUGGUUUUCCUUGUCAAGCAUCUGUUGGAAUGCCUUCAGUCUGGCAUCGAAUCCUUCGGAUUAAAGGCUGAAAUUGUUAAGACACUAACAUUUGUUAUCCCUGGUAUCGCUGAGCUCUUUGGAUCCCAUUGGGCAGAUAGCAUGGAGGUCUUGAGCACGAUCUUGGAGGAGACCAAUGGAAGCGAAGAUGGGCUUCCACUGCUCGUGUCCUCUUUCAGACUUUUUGCUCGUCUUAAGUCCAUGGCCGAGGGUGACGAUAGCAACGAUGAUCUUCAGGAUGCUUGGUCUGAGCAAAAGACUGGGUUAUUCAACAAGCUGGCUUCCACCAUUGGCAAGUUCGACUCAUCAACCACGUUCCAUCAACCUCGGGAUGUCGCUGUUGACAUUUUGCAACGCCUGAUCAAUGUUAUUCCCAUUGAGAAGCUUGAGGAAUUCAGCGGAGUAUUUGGUCUCUUGACGGCGCACAGCCGCGCUGUCCAACGCACCGCAUACACUCUUCUUCAUCGAUAUAUCCCCCAGGUCCAAGAACAGGUAUCCUUUGACGUGGCCCUAUCCAAGACCGCAGUUAGUCUACCCGAUGAACUUGUGUCUCUCCUACUUGAGACACCAACAAUGAAGGGAGUAUCGAUGUCUUGGGGAGAUGAUAAGAUGUGGACAAGUAUGAGAUCGUAUCUCUUGAGCUGGAAGAUAGUCUUUGAUCACUUCUCCAAUGCGUCCCUGCCCGUCCAAGAGUACUACACAGCUAGUAUCAAGGAGAAUGACAUUCUGAUUCCGCUUCUGGAAUUUACUUUUGACUUCCUUCAAAAGUCGCAUGGGAAGAUCGCAGACGCAUCCAAGCUUGAUGUGCUGUCCUUUGAGCCUGAUCAGUCUGAAACCGCGGAAAAGGAAACCGAAUGGCUUCUGAUUCAUUUGUACUACCUUUGCUUGAGACAUUUGGCCAACAUGACCAAGAAUUGGUGGAUCGACACCAAGAAACGGAUCAAGGGACCGGUGGAAGCCUGGACCGAGAAAUAUGUGAGUGAAACCCUAGCCUUGGAUAAUCUUCAUAACCAACACCAUUUCCAGAUCUCGCCCCUUGUGAUCGGCGACUCUCUUCACGGUGUCACUGAGUGGGUUUCCACCCAAGAUCCUGACGAGGAACGGGCUUUGAGCGUAAGAAUUGCGCCCAAGACAGCUGAAAUCAUCGCCAGCAUCCCCGUGGAUGAGGAGUCACCGCCAGUCUCCAUUUCAAUCUCCCUCCCAUCCGCGUACCCGCUUCACCCCGCCAUUGUCGUCGGCCGCAGUCGAGUGCUUGUAGAUGAGAAAAAGUGGAAGAGCUGGUUGCUAACCAUCCAGGGCGUCAUCAUGUUUGCCAACGGCAAUCUGGUUGAUGGCCUGCUAGCAUUCCGUCGCAACGUCCAGGGUGCUCUGAAGGGACAAAGCGAGUGUGCUAUUUGUUACUCGGUCAUCUCGACGGAUAUGCAGACACCGAACAAGCGCUGCGCUACGUGCAAAAACACCUUCCACUCGGUGUGUCUGUUCCGCUGGUUUAAGAGCAGCAACCAGAGCACUUGCCCGCUUUGCCGCAACAACUUUGUAUAUGUUUAG